AUGAAUGCUCCUCUAUUAACCAAUUUCGAUCAAAGCAAACCAAGAUCAAGAACCAAAAAUCCCGAAGACAUGUCUCUUCCGUGGAAACGCCUAAUCCGCUUCAUCGCCACAGACGGCCGCACACUGCGCGGCGAGCCAAUCCUCCCCGCCUCAACAACAGACCUGGGCUUUAUAACCGAAUCCGACAAACUGCAAGCACGAAUGAUCGAAGGCGACGACCUAUACGACACCACGGGCAAAACGCGCGUCACCGAUGAAAUUGUCUCCGUGAAGACCAUCCUAGGACCGUUGGCGCAGGCAGAUGUUCCUAUUCUACGAUGUGUCGGAUUGAACUAUGCGAAGCAUGUUAUAAAUAUAUCAACCGUGUCAAUAGUCAAAGAAGCCGGCCGCACCCCACCCCCAUUUCCAUUCAUUUUCUUCAAGCCAAACACCACAAUCCACGAUCACGGCGUGCCAGUAGUAAUCCCGCAGAUCGCGCAGGAUUCGCAGGCAGAUUAUGAAGGCGAGCUGUGCCUUGUAAUCGGCCGCGACGCCAAGAACGUCUCCACGGAGAACGCGCUUUCGUACGUAGCGGCCUAUACAGUCGGUAACGACAUUUCUGCGCGCAAGCUGCAGCGCGACCCGUCGCUCGCGGGACGUGUCCCGCAAUGGGGAUUCUCGAAGGGCUUUGAUACCUUUGCACCGCUGGGUCCGUGUCUUAUCGCUGCGAGCGAGAUCUCUGAUCCUAGUAAGCUGCUGCUGAAGACGAUUGUUGAUGGGGAGAUUAGGCAGGAGGAGUAUGUUGCGGAUCUUUUGUUUGAUUGCGCGUAUCUAGUGUCGUACCUGUCGCAGGGGACGACGCUGCAGAAGGGGAGCGUUAUUAUGACGGGGACGCCCGGUGGUGAGUUUCAUCUCUUUUUUGUUAUGUUUUUUGCGUUGGAAUUGGUCGAGCUGACUUGUUUGCUAGGUGUCGGCGCCAGUCUUUUACCACCUAAGUACCUUGUCCCCGGGACGCAGAUGGAUGUUGUUAUUGAUGGCAUUGGAACGCUGAGGAAUGGCGUGGUGUUCGAUUAA